AUGCAGGAAUUGAAGCAGUGGAUUGACACGCUGUGGGUUUCUCAGGAUACGCGGGUGCUUGUGGGCGUUGCCAUUGCAAUUGGAUCGAUAUCGCUGGUUUCCUUGGCAUUGCUCAGCAAAUCCGGGGCCGCACAGCCAAAGAAGAGGAAGAGGAAAAGAAAGACCACCAAGCCCAAACCAUUGACACCAAUACAGCAGUUGGAUGCUAUUGUUGCCCAUGUUAGGACGGAGCUUGCUCCAGGAUGUGAGGAGUUUGUUAAUGGCAUUCUGGCCAGUUUGGCAGCAGGCGUCAAUUGCAAGACCGAAGAAAACCGUUACCGCUACGACUUUUACAACGAGAAAUUAUUGGAGCAGUUGAUGAAAUUGGAUGGAAUUGAAGGCGAUGGCGAUAUCCGGGACAAGAGAAAACAGUCUGUUAAGUACGUCCAGUCUUUCCAUAAGCUCCUCGAUAAGAUCAAGAAGGAUGUCUGA